GUUUUGUAAGGAUGUGUUCCUGAUGCAGCGAGUCUUGCAGUGGAUGUUUUUCAAAGACAAUGAAAAGAGCUUCGUCAAGACCUCAUCAACUCAAAGAGCAGCUCCUUCAGGCCAUCGAUGGUCAAAAUAGUAUACAGAACACAAUGGCUGUGUUGGAUGUGAUUUGCUGCUUGGAAAAAUACCCCAUGACUAAAGAGGUUUUAGUGGAAACCAGGCUUGGAAAGUUGAUCAAUGAUGUGAGAAAAAGGAGCACAGAUGAAGAUCUUGUUAAACGUUUAAAAAAUCUUAUAAGACGUUGGCAGAGGCUGGUUGAAGUACAUGAAGUCACAGCCAAAGAGCUCUCUGGUUUUGCAGACAAUUUGACUUCCGCUGAAUGCAUUCCUGGGUCAACACAAACCCCUAUUGAAAAUGACAGCAGAACUCUUUUUCACAGUACUAUGGGUGAGAGGACUGGUUCUGUACCAGAUAAAACCAUUACAUAUCCAAACAAUUUUAGAAAGAGUAAAAUACCCGUCCGUGCAAUCAAACCAUAUUCCUCGUCCAUCAAGCAUUUACAACAGUCCACAAGCUGGAGAACAUCUCUGUCCAAUCAUCAUUCCCAAAAUACCAUUAUCAAAGACCAGCACAAGUCUGAAAGAAACACCGCCUCUGUCAGUCACAGCAACGAAAAGCACUUUUUGGUGGCCAAGGAACCAGCACAAUCCACUUCCAUUACCUCUGAUCUACCGAAUUCAUCCAUCCAGGAUCCAUCCAUAAAGCUACAACAGCCUUCAGACCUCCUCAACAUACUCAAACCUGCCUCACUAAACAGUGAUCUCGAUGAGGUCUCCAGCACAGUGACAGACACAAACAUAAGGGGUUGUGAGGAUAAGACGAGGAAGAAACAGCAAAACAGUCACACUGUCAAACUCGAUGGAGAGGACGGUACCAAACCGGCACAACUGCAAGCAGGCAAACUAGCAUACAACACUCAUUCUCAACAAAUCAAACCUAUAUCAAGCAUAACAUUUACAGAAGAAUGCCAGAGAUCAACAGGAAGUGGAAUCCAGGAUUUGAAAAACAGCCUUCGAUCAUUCCAACAGACAAACUGGAGAGAGAUGCCUCAAAGUAAGAUGAUUCAGAAUAGCUUACUGAUUUCAGAAAAGUCAACGAUGAGCUUUUCUGUGGGUGAGAGCAUCAAGCAACACAUAAAGAAGAACUCAAAAGAGUGCAGAAAACCUCAUGGGUUUAUACCAGCGUUCCCUGUGACAGACCUUCCAGGGGUCAGCCGAGAGGUCACCGAGCGAGACCUCGUCAGGUUACGCAGUCAGCGAUGGCAUGGUGUGAAUGGCUGUUACGAUGACCAGAAUAUCUGGUAUGACUGGACUCAGUCCAUCACUCUGGAUCCAUACGGGGAUGGGAGGAAAUUUAAGAUUAUGCCUUAUGUUGGCAUAGAUUACAGACAGAGUUUUUAGAGGCAUGUUGUGGAUUCACAACCAUGUCCUGUGUGUUUUUGUUCUGCUUCUCUGUUCUUUGUGCUCCAUUGCACUGCUGUGGCAAAAUAAUUAUUAGUAUAGUAGUUUGAAAGCAAUAAGACAAUAACUUCAUUGUCAGCAAGAAAUCUCAAAUGAACAUAUAAAACCACCAUGUACACUAGUCCAAAGUUUGGAAUUAAUAUUUAUUUUCACCAAAGCUGCAUUUAUUUAAUCCAAAAUACAAUGAAAACAGUAAUAUUGCAAGAAAUAUAUAAAGAAUUAUAAAUAACUUCUUCCUGUUGGAAUGUUUCAGUCUUCAGUC